CCUGUCCGUCUGCGGGCGAGGGCAGCCGCCCUGCGUGUCGCAACGGGCCGGCCUGACCGGUGGAGAGGACCCCUCCGUCCGCGGGCUGGCUGCGUGGGGAGCCGCGUCCGUGCGCCGUGCGCGCCGCCCGCGCCGCCCGCAGUGCCCGCCGAGCCAGCGCCGUGCGCCGAAGCCGGGGGCGCGCAGGGCGGGCGGCGGCGGCUGCGGCUGCGGCGGCUGCGCGCAGGUAAGGCUGGCGGAGACGGGGGAGGGGGCUGCGGACCGGGCUGCCACCGCCCCCAGCCUGGGAAGCCCCCGCCCACGUGACUCUCUGAGAACCUGAGCCGCCGGGUGGGGUGCUGGAACUCGGGGUCUCUAGGAGGGAGCCCCUGCUCGCCCCCCUGGCUGCCCCUGAAAAGUCCCCCUACUCCCCCGGCUCUCACCCUCACUCCUGGCUGACCCUCCCAGGAGCUCCCUCCACGGCCUGAGGCAGGCGAGGUCACACUCCUGGCAGGACCUGCCCACACUUCCCAGGUCAAGGAAGUCGGUUCUCUGGCUCCCAGCCUCAGUGAUGAGGGCAGGGGAUGGAGGACAGCAAGGGGCUCCCUGGACCCCUUGAGUGGGCUGCAGCAAGGGAGACAGGAGAGACCUGCCCUCACUUGGCCGCAGCUGGCCGGGUUUCCUGAGAGGUCUGAACCUGUGGCUGUGACGGGCGGGCCCACCCUCAGAGACGGGGCCAGGGGCUUGUAGGCAGGUCAGAGAAGACACUGGGCAGUGGGAGGCUGCAGGGGUUCCAAGUCUUGGACCAGCUGCUCAGCCUGGGACCCCAAAAUCCCCAGCACUUGCCCCCAGCCCCCUGGCCAGAGAUGCAAAUAGCAGCCUCACUCUCCUGGCCCCUGGAUUAACCUGCCCUCGGGGUGGGCUUUGCCCAUGCAAAGCAGGGGGAGGCACGUGUGGGUGUGGGUAUGGGUGUGUGUGUCAGGGUCCCACCCCUGACACGAUAGGUUUCUGCUACCGGGAGUGGAAAGUGGGUCUUGCAGGUGGAGGGUCAGGGGACCUGUCCUGUUCUGCUAUCCCCCAGCACCGGGACAUUACCCCACCUUCUCCAACCCACAGGCCCAGCCUUGGUGAGGCUUUGCUGGUGGGUAGGGGUGGAAAGUUUUCUCUGCAGUUAAUUAGCCCCAUGGGAGGUGGGGGGCAGGCACACAGGGCCUCAUUAGUGGGGCCUCAGCUCCAGCCCUGUACCCUGGUGAGUGGCAUGGGCUGUGGGGGCCUCCCUAGGCAGUGAGCUGGUGUCAGUGUGAUAGGGUGGGGGCUCCCUCCCUCCUUUUGUUGGGGGGGUGGGAGGGGGCUCACCAGUGGGGAUGGAGCAUCUGGAGGGUGAUCGUAGGCUGGCAGCCCCCUGGCUCUGUUGAUUCCUCCCAUACCUUCUAGCCCCAGGCUGGCCACUUCCGAAGCCCCGGAUGCCAUGGAGGAGUGGGACGUGCCCCAGAUGAAGAAAGAGGUGGAGAGCCUCAAGUACCAGCUGGCCUUCAAGAGGGAGAUGUCAUCCAAGACUAUCCCUGAGCUCCUCAAGUGGAUUGAGGAUGGGAUCCCCAAGGACCCCUUCCUGAACCCCGACCUGAUGAAGAACAACCCGUGGGUGGAGAAGGGCAAGUGUGCCAUCCUGUGAGGCCCCCACACCCGACUCACGCCUCC